GUUGAUGUACGUAGUCAGUACCACAACAAGUCGAGAGGAAUGAAAGAUCAUCUGCCAUUUUGAAAUUCAAGACUUUUUUAUGGUGUUUCUCAUUUACUUUUCCAAAAUUGAGUACAAUAACAGGAUAACAGACAAAUGUUUAAAUGGACGCAUCGUCCAUCAUCACACAGGUGUCACGCGAUGACGAACAACUAAGUAGUUUCUGUCCUGAAAAAGUUUCUUUACCACAUGUGGAAAAUGAGUUGGCACCAUCAGGUCAAGUUGGCAAGAAACCCCGGCGAGGGUUUCUGCGUUCUCUGUUUUGCUGCUUCAGUAGGCAGACAAAUUCAAAAAGCUCAAAACUACCCCCAGGUAAUGUGGGGCGGGGUUCACCACCACUUAGCCCAGGUUCCCCUAGGUUCCUGUUACCUUCAGUGCGACACCAGGACUUUCUUAAAAAAUGCAUGGUGAUUGAUUUGGAUGAGACACUAGUUCAUAGCUCUUUCAAGCCCAUCAGCAAUGCUGACUUUGUUGUUCCUGUGGAGAUAGAUGGAACUGUCCACCAGGUGUAUGUUCUUAAGAGGCCAUAUGUUGACGAGUUCUUGCAGAGGAUGGGGGAGUUGUAUGAAUGUGUGCUCUUCACUGCCAGCCUUGCAAAGUAUGCUGAUCCAGUAGCUGACCUGUUAGACAGAUGGGGCGUCUUCCGGUCCCGUUUAUUCCGAGAAUCGUGCGUGUUCCACAGAGGGAAUUAUGUAAAGGAUCUUAACAGACUGGGCCGAGAUCUGCAAAAAGUGAUCAUUGUGGACAACUCACCUGCUUCCUACAUCUUCCAUCCAGACAAUGCUGUGCCUGUAGCCUCAUGGUUUGAUGAUAUGACUGACUCAGAAUUACUGGAUCUGAUCCCUUUCUUUGAAAAGCUGAGUAAAGUGGACAAUGUGUACACAGUUCUAUGCAACUCGAACCAUCCUUGCAACACCAGCCCAACAUCUGGCUUGAUGAACCAGUCUCCACCACCACAGCAACAUAACAACCUACAGGUGAACAAUCAUGCAACGCUCAAUGCCGGCUCGUAGCCACUUCAGGGAUUCCGCUAGCCUAGGAUACGAGUGACAUUUGCAACCUCAUUAGGAUGCUGUUGUUUGAAUCUGAGAGUGGUGUCCUACUAGGAUGCUGUCUCGUGUUGUUUCCGUGUGUGCAAGUACGAGUAUCUGUAGGCAUGCUUGUGUGAAUGUAUGAUGGCAUCUGUUGUCACCAGUUCAUGUUUUGUCAUUAGCGGUUGCCUGUUUAAUGCAGUAUGUUUUAUCCAACAGUCCAAGUGCCAAUAUUGCCUUCUGGAUGAGUUGCAAGGGAAGAGCUUCUGUCGAAGAAAAGUGUGUAUGGUCCAACUUCCUCAACAAAGAAUAAUCCCAUUUAUUUUUGCUGAUAUAAAUAGUUUUUAUAAUAGCUUCUGAAAACUGUAGUACUCAGCCUUUUGAUAACCAUAAUCAGAUAAUUGAGUCCUAUGAUUUUUAUCAUAAUAAAGGAGACCAUGUAUAUUCUAAUAUUUGCUUGAUACAGUUUGAGGUGUCAUUUUAAUCUCAUGUGUAUUGAAUGUCUUAUAUAAAAAGGAAGGAAAUUAUGCAGACAUGGACUGAAAUGUACAGUAAUAUCUUGACAAAAGAGAACCUUUUCUGAAUGUUUUACAGCAAAUUGCAGGCUGGUUCGAAUGUGUAGAUGAGUUUGGUGCUAUUUUUUUCUAACCCGUGCUAGAAAAGUGUAGCCUAACACGUGCAUAUGGCUGGUAUGGCAGACAAAUGAAGCCUACCCUUCUUUCCCUCUCUUGACUUAGUUCAGGGAGUCCGUGUCUGUGGAGUGUGUGUGUUGCUGUGCCACUUAACCAGUUAUGUUACGUGUGUAUGUGUACAUACACACGCAUGCACGCACACGCGCACACACACGCACAUGUAUAUGAAUUUGCUAAUCUUAUAUAGUGGCCUUAACGAACAUUUUGAUAACAUUGUUAUUGUGCUCUGACUGGCUCAACGCUGUUGCGGUGGUCCAUUCAACUUUUUUAAUUAUUAUGGUUACUACAAGUUUAUUAAAAAAAUAUACCAAAUUACCUGUCACCAUUUUUCAGUAUUUUCCUUUUGGUGUAGGUUUCUUACAUGAUGUCAAGCAUUAGGUUAGCUCCUGCAGUACAAAUAAACAUCACAUGGGGUUUUAUCUGUUUUAAUAUUUUAAUUUUUCCAACUCUAAGAGUUGAGGGUUUGUUAUAAUUUUUAGAGCUGUUAUCGUGUUGAUGUUCCCCCAUUCAUGGUGAAAAAGAUCUAGUAUCUAAUAAAAGUGAUGAAGUGAUCGAGUUUUUGUACAAACAUAUGAAUGUAUUGUUUCUAUUUUUAGUCCUCUUGACCUCUCUCCCCCCCCCCCAACACCACUACCACUACCACUGCUGCCACCAUCACCACCACAACACUCCAUUAAUGCUGCAGACUGUACUUUGUUGACUGCUUGAUCUGUUUUACAUUGGUUUGAUGCUUCAUAUCAUUAAGACGUAUCAUUAAAUCAGCUUGUUUGUGUUAUUCUUAUAUGUAUAUACAAGUAGUGAGAUACCCAAUAAUACUCUUCAUACAUAACCCAUGGUCUGAGGUGUAAUCGGUAGGUGCUUCCAUAUGGGAAUGAGGAUUGCUCAAAGGUAAUGGACACAAGUAUGAUGCAGCGGUUCUCAAAUGAGGGCCUGGAGUUUUAUAUCGACAUGCAUGUGAGGUAUUGCAAAAGCAAGGUUGUGAUGGAUAUCUUGUUGAUAUACCAUAGAAUGUCAUUAAGAUUUCAAAUUGAUACAGAUGGUGACAAAAAUAAAAUGAAACCCAUAUUCAUCAGCAUAAAUUAUCUGGUACUUUUUGUUAAUUUUUAAUUUUGUAUUGUCAUAACCAUGUGCUAAUAGAUUGCACUAACAUCUUUUAUAUGUCCAACUUGUGUAAUGACAGUUGAAUGUUCCAGGUUAACACUGUUUUGUACUUAUAUUUACAUUUGUUGUUAAAGAAAAUGGUUUACUCUGUUGUAUAUUAUUUGAAAACGGGCAUAUUUAAAUACAGCAAGUAUACAUACAGAGAAAUUUCCAAAUGAUAAAGUUCAGACCAAAUAAGUAAUUUGAUUUAUAUGUUGAUUUCAUGUAACUGGGUCUGUAAUCCAUCCAUCAAAGUAUCAUAACAAUGUUAAAAGAUGAAAGACAGUAAUGAAAGUUAAGAUGGGUUCCACCUUAUUUCUCUCUGUGUAUGAUGUAUAUUGUUUCAACAGAUCAUUGUGAAAUCUCAUUACAAUGAAGUUUGAGGGACCACUAUUUAUAUUUCAUCAUAUUAACAUUCUGUUACAUGAAUGUCACGUCACCCAAUUCACUAUAAAGAACUGGAAGCUAUAUAUUAAGAAAGGUUGAAACCUGUGGCCUUCAGCUUGUUUUAUUUGCAUAAUUAAUGACACUGUUAAGGAAAGGAAAUCCAGUGUGAUAACUUAUUUUAUAACACUAUUCAUUGUUUAUAAAAAAAUAUGCCUAUUAA